GUUUUUACUUGCCCUGCCCAUGGACUCCGAUGCUGCCGCAAUGCAAAACCGACAGAGAGCUGAAAAUGGUUUUUCGUUGGAACUGAGACAUCGUUUUGAGGAGCUUCUGAAGUUUACUCUUCACGCUCGCCUAAACAAUACCUUUAGCUUGCAACUUCUGAACCUCUCCGAGACAUUCUGCUCAACCCUUCUCAAAGCUGACCCAACUGAUCCUUACUCAGAUGAUACCCGACGCGUUUCUACUUUACAGAUUCGUUAGAAGGAGUUCAUCGUAUCCCUUAUACAAGCGUCUAGCAUCAGCUCUGUUAAAGUGUAUGAGUUCUGGAGCGUUCUGCAGGACAUGCAAUCAUUUAACCAUGAUCCAUGAUUGUAGUUCCAUCCAGCAGAAACGAAACGAGUGGCAGAAAUUGAUCGUUGAGAGGGGAUCUGAAAUAUUGAAUAUUUUGAAGAGGUUUGCCUUUGAGCUACAUAUUGAGGAGCCUUUUUUUCCGGAGUUGAAAGAUGGCCUAGAAACAAUUGAAGCAAAGUGCGCUAGUGAUAAAUAUAGCAGGAUUGAAUGAGGAAAUCUGGUUCUCAUAAAUAAGUGUGUGGUCUUUGAAGUUCAGUUGGCAGGAGUCCAGUGGCAUCCUGUAUCCUCUGGAAUGUUGGAGACAGAGAGGCUUGGAAAAGUUCUCCCAGGAGUUAAAAAUGUGGAAAAGGGUGUAAAAAUCUACCAGAGAUUGGACAAUGAAGUAAAGGAGCAGGGAAAUGGUGCUCUUGCAAUCACUGUUUCCAAAAUGGCCGUUCAACCAUACAUUUAUCUGGCGAGCAUAAUUUCUGGAUUAAGCUAUGAGGGAAUUCGAGACCUUCUUGGUCUGAUGCAUAUACCAGGGACAACUUCUAUUGCUCUUCCACCUCCAAGAUCCGCUCUAUUAGCAUCAUUUAAUAUGCCAUACAAGUCCAAUUUUAAGAGUUGCGCCUUGACUCAUGGAGCUCGUGCAUUGGCAAAGCAUACCUAUAGGAGUAGCAAUAAUUUUUGGGGUUCUUUAGAUGGAAACGAUUUUAAUAAAAAUAGGCUGGCAUUGGAUGUUAUCAACCGCUUGAUAGAACAUUGUUCUUGGUUGAAUGUGCACUUUGUCGCGCCACAUGGGUUCAUAUUUGAGAUAAGGGUUGCCAAUGGAUAUGGUGCCCGCUGGACGGAGGAUGGAAGGAAGGCAAGUGCAACAAAAUUGAAGCAUGAGAUGUACAUUUCAUUGGAUUUCUAGAGCCUUACAUGCAAGAUGGUCACUCAAAGGGCUGGAUGCACUAGCUCUGC